AUGCCUCUAUUCCAGCCUCCAGUCACCCCCCUCCCCGACGACCUAACCCUCCACGGCCAGACAGCAAUAGUAACAGGCGCAACAUCAGGCAUCGGCCUCGCCCUAGCCCGCCAACUCCUACGGCUCGGCGCCUCCCCCCUCAUCCUCGCCGUCCGCGACGUAUCCAAAGGCGAAGCAACAAGACAAUCCCUCCUCUCCAACCCAUCCCUCCGGUCUCUCCCCCAACCCCCCGUCGUGGAGGUACUGAAGCUCGACGCAGAAGACUACACCAGCGUCAAGACCUUCGCCGAAACCUUUGCGUCGAAGCACACGCGCCUCCACAUCGCGAUGCUCAACGCCGGCGUGCCGGGACUCCGACGCCGCGUGGCGGUGACGGGGCACGAGGCGGCCGUGCAGGUGAAUUAUCUCUCGAAUGUGCUUCUUACGCUGGAGCUGCUGCCGCUUUUGGAGGCUACGGCGCGCGAGACGGGGAGGACGAAUUUGGCGGGGAAGGCGGGUGUGGGAGAGGGGGGAUCGGUUCUCGGACACCUUGAUGCUGAGGCGAAGUUUGACGGGAUGGCGCGGUAUGCGGAUAGUAAGCUUCUUGGGUUCUUGUUUUUGCGGGAGUUGUCGAGGCAUUAUGGUGUUGGUGAUGGCAUUGGGAGCGAGGAAGGAGAGCGACGGCAGCAGCAGCAGCGGGUUAUCGUCAACGCCUUUUGUCCCGGGAUGGUGGACACGAAUAUGAGCAAUGUUCUCCCCCAGCCUUUCCGCCUCAUUGCUGACGCCGUGAAGGCUGUGAGGGCGAGGACGCCGGAGGUGGCUGGGUGGAUUGGGAUUCAUGCUGUUUCUGUCGCGGGAGGGGAGACGCAUGGGAAGAUGUUGGGGGAUAAGGAGAUUUGGGAGCCACAGGGGUUUGCUGUCUCGGACGACGGCUGGAGGUUGCAGAGGAUGUUAUGGGAUGAGACUGUGGAUGAGAUGGGGAGGGUUACGAGCGUGCCUGGGUGGAUGGGCAAGGUUGGGAGUUGA